CACAAACUUUGCCAAAGUGUCUCUAUGCUAAGAUUCAGUUGUAGAUUUGAAAGUUUUAAUUAUAUAUUUUUAAAUGUAACUAAAAAUGAGUGUGUACUUUUUGAAUUUAUUGAAAUAUGAAUCGAAAAUUUCUUCGGAAAGCGAAUUCCCCGAGCAAUGGAUGCGACACAAAAAAACUAUGCGAGCCAAAAGACACUCGAACGUACAGAAUGAAGCCAGAACCAAACCACAGAGUGCCAGCACCGCGCUGCCGACAACAGAAGCAAUAAUAGUCCACGACGAAUCAACAAAGAAGUCACAGCCUUCCCCUCCAUCGAAGAUCUCCGCCGAAUGGAGUGGCGCAACGGGUGGUCCACCUGCUGAAGUGGUUCUGAGACUACAUCCAGUGCCUACACCGACUGCUCGUGUCAACGCUUCCUAUCCAGACAUCGACAAGAACACGAAUGGUAGCGGCGUGGUGGUCAGAGCUGAAGAAGCACUGAUCGUGGCGUUCGUCUUGCUGUUGUGGGUGGCAGCCAUUGCUUUAUUCUUCAACCGCUGGGGCAAGAUAAGGUGUGUCUAUAAACUAAUGCUGGAACCGUAUCAACCGAAAUUUCAACAGCAACAUCGACAGAGCUGCGUUCUAGCCGAAAGUUCAGUCGUUGUUCCACCUCAUCAUCGGGCAUCACUCUCUCGUGGAUGCGUCUCAUACGAUUGUGGAACUGGCUUCCCAACUUAUCAACCGUUUGCUUAUCUGUCACAUCGGCCUAGGCAGAAUUCUGUCUUCGUUGGCAGCGUCGGUGGAAUGGCGCUGAUUCCUGAAAGUCCUCCUAGACGCUCACGAUCAGCAGCAGAUCUACCAGCUCUUGUCCCACCUACAGAUGGCUCGCGUACAACAGUCAGGUCUUCACGGGCUGCAAGUCUCCACAGCGCUGUGGACUUAAGAGUUUGUGCACCUUCACCGAGAACAUCGCGAGCGGCCAGCUUACAUUCAGCUGUAGAUAUGCCCCCUGGAUGCGUCCAAGUACACGUCAGAGGCUCAGGAUCCAAUCUAAGCCGACCUAAAAGUCCAAGACGAUUAACAAUUACUAAUGUUUAAUAUUAUGGAUAAAGUAUAGUGAAUUAAGAUGGUGCGUGUUUAAACGGACCAAAUUUUCGUUUACUACUUGGCUGUUAUCUACCCAGACGAUUAGCUAAUUUCAUCUAUUAAUAAUCCAUAUUCCGAAAUUAGUUUGUAAAUUUGUAGUACAUAAAAGUAAGUAACAGUAGCUUUAAGCCUUUUGUUCUUUAAUAAACAAGAUAACUUAUUUACUUCUUGGUGUGACAAUGGAAAUGUACCAAUUAGAGAAAUUAAGUAUAAAUAUUUAAGAAUCUUAUCUUCGGACCUAUCAUCUAACUUUUACUUCUUAUCUAUCCUCUCAUCAUAUCUAAUGAAAUGUAGUUUGUUUAGAUAGUAUUUUAGUGCGUUUAUACGCAGCGUUAGACGUGUGGUGCUACUCUAAGAAAAAGAUUUUUUUACCUUUUGUUAUCAAUGAAAUAGGAAAGUAUACUGCGAUAAAAAUGGAAAAAUCCACACAAACUUCCUUGAACAAUCACUGGUCGUUAUGCCUUUUACUGAUUAAGUUCCCUUAAAUCUGCAUUUAUCCAUUCUACUAGAUUACGGUUGCAAUAAUAUAAUUAUGAAUACUUAGGUUUUGGCCCUGUCGAGUACGUCCUCUGUAACUAUUAUCGUACUAAGCUCACUAGUUUUAAUGUGAAUGAUGUUAUUGGAAUUAUCCUACCUUCAGUUAUAAACACGUCACUAUUGCUUUACAAAUUAUUAUACUUAGUGGACUAUACUUUCCCGACCUAAUUUUUUUAUUGAACAACCAUCGUCGUCACAUAUCUUGUCAUAAACAAAUCAACUAUUUAAAAGGAUUUGAAAAACCAUCACAAGUAAAAGCAAAUAAAAUCUACUGUUCUAAAACUACUUUUACCAUUUAAUUACACAUUUUGAUUAUGAUCAAAUUCAUUCCGACGUUUGAAAACUUUCCAGUUUUCGUGGUCGCAAAUUUUAUUAAAUGGUAAAAGUUGUUUAAUUUUAUUUGACAUUCGUUCUAGCGUCUGAAUAGUUUACUAAUCAACAAAAAAACGAUACUUUCAAUGGCCAAGCUAUAUUUCGUACGCUUAGAACUAAAUUAACGUCUAUUAAUCAGAAUUUUAGGGUAACGCUCGAUAACUACAAUUUUAAGUUUAAAACUAAAACAAUCUGAGACUAAAUGUAAUAAAAACAUUUAUUACUCACUCAUUCGCUCAUUUCAUUUCUUUCGGGCACGAUUCAGUACAAUUCGAUUCGAACGUACUUUGCAUAAUUUAUUCUGUUAUGUUAAUAAAUAACAGAAAAAGACGUCGAUGUACAUAUUUUCGACUUUUUAGUUCUGUUCAUUUCAAAAAAAGCUCAGCACUAGAAGUAAAAUAAAACUAAAAAAGUUUCUUGUACUUACAUCAUGGAAUAAAAUUUAAUCUUUGCAUAUAAUUCUUGCAUUAUUAAUAGAUACUAGUUUAAAUUUUUUUUAUUUUGUAACUUGUUUUAUCUCGGCACUAGAUACUGAAACAGCGAUGGAUGGUACUGGGGCGAGGCGCUUCUCUACAAAUCAGUACUGCUAAGCGGUUUCUCUAAUAGCCUCUUUAGGGGAUUCAGUUUCCAAUUACAUAGGUAAAUGAACGAAAUAAAGAAUAAAAUUGCGAGCCACAUUAGUGGUGUGGCUAGUAAGUUGCUUAGGGUGAACGUCCAGACCAACCCUCAUUGUACUGUGUAAUAAUGUCCUGACCAAGAUCACUUUAAAUGAUUACCGAAUGCUGAUGUGAUGUUGUUUUCUCUCGAUCCAAAUAAAAGUUUAUUUAGAAGAGCUAGCUCACAGAUCGGUAUGACGAGGGCACAUGAAAAGCUGUAGGACAUUGAACACAAAUAAAAGCAUUGUUCAUAAUUUAAUUUAUUUAUAAUCGUCAACUGCGGUUUCCAGAAUGUUCUAUGUAUAUAUUAAACAACUAACGUUGAUUAAAGAAUAUUGAAUUAGGUAAUUACUGAUACUAGUAGCAAACAUAAAAUCAAUUAUUCUAAAACACACCCACUCCUUAAUCAAAUUGUAGUAUAUUUAAGGUUACUAUGCUCAUACUAGUAUCUUUAAGAAUGAAAAAAAAACUAUUUUGUGACUCCGAUGUAUUGAUUCCCUUCAAAAUUUGUCCAGCUCUAUGCUAAGUUGUGAUUUCAUACAAAUCACUUAUAAAUUUAUAGCUAUCAAAUGAAAUGAACUAAAAUAUAAUUAAACUAUACAUACUACAACGUUAUGAGAAAAACAACCGUUGUAAUGUUUAAAAAAUAGCACUUUAUACCGUCCGGAGUAAAAAUAGAACUGUUACCCAAAACCGAUAAAUAGAAUGGAAUAACAAUAUUCAAUUGUGACAAAGAGUAUUAUUAUGCGCUUAAUAGAGAUAAACAUUACGUUAGCAACUUCUUUCUUACCCUUACUCUAAUCUGUUAGAUCUUUACAAAUGACAAUAUAAACGUAAGUAAUUCGAUAAUCAUUUGUUUUAUGAACAAUGCAUAAUGUCACAAUUUUUUCAGUGAUUGAUAAUUAAAUACAAAUAUUUAAAUACGGAAGAGCUGUAUACUAUUGCGAAGUCACUUCUAAUGACGCAACCAUCUUCCAAGAUUUUAAAUCACCUAACGUACGUACAAAUAAUUUUUUGAUGGAAAAUAAAAGCCACAAAAAUAGUUAUGCCGUCUAAAAACGAGAACCACGCGCGGUCGCGUCGCGAUAGAAAACAAAAUCUACCCAUUGUCUAGGAAUUACAGUUGACCUAGAAUUCCAUUUUUGAAUUGUUCGCAGCUAUAAAGUCGCUUCACCGCUUCGCUUUCAAAAUAAAUAACCUUUGACAAUGGAAGUGACCAGAUCUGCGAAGUCAUUGUAUUCUAAAACUUCUGAAAUGUUAUAAAUUUAGGCACAAUUUAAAUGCACAAUAAAUAUUAAGUUAUAAGCUAGGCGAAUAAUGAAUAGCAUAAAAUGUAAUUCAUAAAUAAACAUUCUUCAUCCAA